AUCCUUCGUGUCCCGAGUCUGGUUUCACACAACUCCGGCAUCUGAGUCCAUGCAACUUUAAUUGCCACGCUUCCAUUCGGCCCUCCGUUCCUCCAUUCCUCCAUUCGGUCUUUAUUAUUAUCAGGCGCGUACUCCGAAACCGCCCGACCCAAGGCGACAUGUCGACGCCGACUGCAGCCUCUCACGCUGGCCAGCCGAACCGGGAAACCAACAAUGACGAUCUUGUACCAUCCUCGUCCCGGAGGAGCCACGAAACGGUUGAUGGCAUCGGAGAGGCGGAUGACCACUCCAAGACUGUUCUUUCGCGGCGAGACUCGGUCCCCAUAGGCUCUGGUGUCGAUGCCAUCACCGCAGAUGGGGGCCACACUGAGAUCGGCGUCAGCAGGGUCGAGGCCUUCAACAAAGUCCUGUACCAGUCGGGCAAAUCUGGCAAGAUCUUGCUGUGGCUGCUGGGCGUCUCCAUCGGCCUGACCAUGUUUGCUUAUGCCCUCGACCAGGGCAUCACCUACAGCAUCUUCACCACCAUGGCCAGUUCCACGUUCGGGCAGCACAGCUCGCUCGCCGCCGUCAGUACGGCCAGCCAGAUCAUCCGAGCUAUCAGCAAGCCUUUCAUCGGCAAGCUGGCUGACAUCACCUCGCGUCCCACUACCUACGUCGUCAUCCUCGUCUUCUACGUCGUCGGCUUCGCCGUCGCGGCCAGCGCGAGCACCUUUGCGGCCUACACCGUGGGAAUCUGCUUCACCUCUGUCGGCAAAUCCGGACUCGACCUGUUGAGCGACAUCAUCGUUGGUGAUUUGACACCGCUCCAGUGGCGAGGCUUUUUCGGUGCCGCCCUGUCUAUUCCCUUCGUCAUCACCGUGCCCGUCAACGGGUUUAUUGCUGAGGCCUUUGUUGACAACUGGCGCUGGGGUUUGGGCAUGUUUGCUAUCCUCGUGCCUGUCCUGCUCCUGCCGGCCAUCUUCACGUUGUAUUCGAUGCAGCGGCGAGGAGAGAAAAUGGGCAUGGUCACGAUGGCCGCUUCAAAGCGCCUGAGGACCGGGGAGGGUGUGGAGGCCUCUGAGGAGCCGACGAACUCGAAGGGUUCCGCCUCCUGGAUCAAAUCCCUUUACCAGGGCCUGGUAGACAUUGACAUCAUCGGCCUCGUCAUCCUCGGUAUAUCCUUUUCACUCAUCCUGCUGCCCUUCACCCUCGCAGAGGACGCUGAUGGCGGUUGGGCUAACGGGAGCGUGAUUGCCAUGCUCGUCGUCGGCUUCGUCCUGCUCGCUGUCUUUGUGCUUUUCGAAGUGUACCUUGCCUCGAAGCCGCUCAUGACGAAACGCAUCAUCAAGAACCGCACCUUCCUCGCUUCGGUCACCAUCUACGCCUUCAACCAGAUGGCCUCGGCAACCCGAAACACCUACAUGUCCUCGUACGUUUACAUUAUCAAAGAGUGGACGACUUACGAGUGGACCAUCUUCUUGGGUAUUACAACCAUGGGACUCAGCCUGAUGGGGCCCAUCGUCGGUCUCAUCCAGAGAAAAACACACCGCUACAAGUCCAUGAUGGUCUUUGGCGCUGCGGCGAGACUGAUCAGCUACGGCCUACUGGUACAAAGCAACGGCAACAUGAUACAAGACACGGCCCGUUUGAUUGUUGCGCAGCUGAUCUACUGUCUGGGUUCCUUCAAUGUUGUCGGCGCCCGCGUAGGCAGUCAGGCCUCGGUGCCACAUGAGGACAUGGCCUCGAUCAUCGCUCUGCUCACGCUGUGGUCCACCUUGGGCUCAUCCAUCGGCAGUGCCGUCUCGUCGGCCAUCUGGACGAAUGAAAUGCUCAAUCAAAUGCGCCAGGAGAUGCCCGGGGUUGACGAGGCGACCAUCUUGAAGCUCUACGGAAAUAUCAGGACGCUCCGUACAACUUACGACUUCACCGAUCCCAUCAGGCAGGGUGCAAUCCGCGCGUAUGCUUUUGUCAACGGCCACAUCGCCAUUACCGCCCUCAUCAUGGCUGCUGUACCGCUAUUCGCCACCUUCUUCAUGCCUGACUUCUACCUGGGCACUCAGCAGAACGCUGUCACCAACUUGGGUCUCGACGGCGAGAGGGUCGAUGUACCGGAACGGCCUGCUGAGGAUCGGGCGAGGGUCGAAGCGAGGUCAAGGCCGUUUUAUCGGAGGCUGCUCGAUGCCUACUACAGAGACCGUGUGUAGGCAACGUCACAUUAUAGGUGUUAGUCUGGCUGAGCAGUGUUGAAAGUUUGGGAUGAAAUAAACUUGAUGUUCAUCCGCUUGUUAUCUCGCCGGAAAUACAUAGUAGCCGCUGGUAGUUAGGUAGGUAGUUAUAUGUACUUACAUUAUAUUAAUGUUUUUGUCUUGGUAUUCUAC